AUGUCAAACUAUACUAUUACUAUAUCAUGUGGCUCUGAAGCCAAUACUGGGUUGGAAAAUGUCGUGAAAGAGGCAAUGCCUGCUCCUCACUCGACCUCUUAUAACCAAAAACCAGCAUCAUCAUCUAUACAAAACACUGCAAAAGCUGCUAUACCACAGCUGCGUGUCCACAUGGGAAAAGCCUUACAUGGGUCAAACACCCACAUGGCACCCGUAAAUAACACUGCUAAGAAUGCCCGGCUAAAUAAAGUCAAAGGCAAUACAAAACAGCUGUCAAACGCUUGUGCAUAUAGCACCCAAAGCAAUACAGUGAAAAAUCAUCCAGUUAAAAAGAACACUGGCAAUAACAAUAUACGCAGUGACAUCGCUCAAAGCAAUCAUAAUGUAAAAUCCUAUCCCAAACAUACAACUACCACUCCCAUUAUCACUCCUCCUACUUCUCCUACUCCUCCUGCACCUGCUACUGACACCAAAGAGACAGCAUGUAGCCUUGGGUUACUAAAACAAUAUAUCACUGAUGCUGCUAAACAAGAACCAUGUUUCAAAAGCCUUGUCCGUGCGCUACUAUUUGAACAAAUCACUGAACAGCUACCGGCUCUCCAAGUAAAAAACCGUGGAUGUUGGCAACCAUCAAAAGCUGUUCACCGUACGGUGUUCCACUUUGCCUUGGAGUUCGAAUACACGAUGCAAGCCUUUGGCCUUAAUGCAGAACAACAUUGGAAACGCUAUCUACCUUUGUGUAUGGAUGCUUCACAAAAAUCCUGGUUCAAGUCAAAAUUGGAAUCUCAAAAUUGUACCUGGAAAGAGGUGGUUUGCAUGCUCCGUGAUUUACUGGUGCCUCCGCAGGACACGUAUCAAGGCUGCUACAACUUUAUCCAUAACACCAAGCAACAGCAAAACGAGCGUCUCAUUGAUUUUAUGGCACGGUGGCGUGAAGGAUACGUUAGCAGUGGCAUUUACUAUGCUGCUGCUGGCAGCGAUUAUGAAGCAGGUCUCGCUAAUGCUUUUGUUAAAGCUAUGUUACCAGUACAUCAAGCAAAGUUGGGAGAGCUAUUACAAAGGAGAGGACUGAAAAGCAUUCCUCCGAACAUUGAAGAUACAUUGGAGCUAUUGGCUGCACUUGAUCUCCAAGUCAAUGAUCAAAGACACUCAAACGAACCCCCAAACAAGCGACCACGAAGGAGUUAG